CAUCUGAACAUCAAAGAAAUCCUUCCAAGAAAACUAGAGUGAAAAAGGAAAAAAAAAAAAAAAAAAAGAGUAGAGAAGCUGAUAUAAACAAAGAAUAAUUUAAAAGAAAGAAAAUGGGCCGAAAGAUAUUUGCGAAUGCCGGAGAUGAUGCAACUGCUAACGUGAAACAAGCAACCAGGAUCGUCGACGGCGGCGAUUUUUCGGUAACUCCAGUCGUCAACCUAGAUCAGUAAGUUUCAGUACUUUCUGUGGUUUAUUUAAAAUACGAUUAAAUAAAUGAGACACUAAUAAUACUAAUUGAUGACAAAUGUGUUUUAAUUAAUCUUUUUUUUUUUUGAAUUGAUGAAUUUAAUUUGUUGCAGAGGUGAUCCUACUGUUUUUGAGCCUUACUGGAGAAAGGCUGGAGAGAGGUGCUCAAUCACAUUCAAAGGAGACCAAUGUUUAAGUUAUUUAACAAACCCUAAAGCUUUGUGUUGGUUCAUGGAACCAAAGUUGGAGGAGGAAAUAAAAAAAGUUCAUCGAAUUGUCGGAAACGCCAAAGUUGAUGAUCAUCAUUUAGUGGUUGGAAACGGAUCCAGUCAAUUGAUCUUAGCUGCUUUAUAUGCCCUAUGCAGCCCUAAUCAUCAUACUCAACCUCACCCCAUUGAUGUGGUUUCUGCCGCACCUUACUAUUCCACAUAUCAAGAAGAAGUGGAUUUGCUUUGCUCGGCGCUUUUCCGGUGGGCCGGUGAUGCUCAUCAAUAUGAUAACAAAGAUGAACCUUACAUUGAGCUGAUCACCUCACCCAAUAACCCUAACGGCGUUAUUAGAGAACCGGUGGUAAACCGUCCCGGAGGACGACUUAUCCAUGAUCUUGCUUAUUACUGGCCGCAAUACACCGCCAUUACCUCACAAUUAGACCAUGACAUUAUGCUGUUUACAGCUUCCAAAUGCACUGGACAUGCUGGUUCCAGAAUUGGGUGGGCUCUUGUGAGAGAUGAAGAAGUGGCUAAGAAGAUGGUGAAGUUCAUCGAGGUGAAUUCCAUUGGAGUUUCGAAAGAAUCCCAACUCAGAACAGCAAAGAUUCUUAGUGUGGCUUCGGAAAGUUGCCAAGAAAAGGGUUUGAAUAAUUUCUUCUUAUAUGGCCGACAUGUAAUGGCAAACAAGUGGAAGAAAUUGAGGGAAAUUGUAAAGAAGCAUCAACGAUUCAUCAUCCCUAAGUAUCCUCUCCAGUACUGCCAAUUCUCCAAGGAUUAUGUUGAAGCAAGUCCAGCUUAUGCAUGGAUGAGUUGCAAGUUUGAGAACAUGGAAGAUCAAGACUGUGAAAAAAUUUUGAAGGAUCAAAAUGUAAUUGUAAGAAGUGGAAGUCGGUUUGGGAGUGAUUCUAAACAUGCAAGAGUCAGUAUGCUGAGCAGGGAAGACGAUUUCAAUGUCUUCUUACAAAGAUUGUCAGCCAUCUCCAAAGCAUAAGGAUGACAUUUCUGAAUUGUUACUAACUAGGGGGUCUUAAAUCAAUGUGGAUAGGAAUUAAAGAUCCAUCUAUAGACAUCAAUCUUUUAUUCUUUUUUUUUUUUUUCCUUCAACCAGUGAAUGUGUAAUCUGUAUGCAUGACAGGGGCAAUUGAGAUGAAUUUACUUACCGAAGCCAAAAUAUUUGCUAUUUGCUCGGUUCGACUUUUUCAAACUUAUUAUUUAAGAUUCACCUCUUUCUUCAUGAUAUAAUCAAAAUUGAAAUCCG